AUGAGUGGUCUCGCCGAUCCCCCAUCUUCCAGGGCCACUUUCGCCGGGCCUGCAGAUGGUUCCGGCAAAACACGAAACCUCCCGGUCCUCUCGCAAUCCGCUCAACACUCCCCGGCAGCAAUGGAGAUCACUCCUCCAUCCUCUGUCGCAGUUGGCGGAAUUGCCAUCCACAGCAGUCCUGAUAGCGACCGUACCGGCGCAAUCAAUACCAAUGGCGCCGAAGUCGGAAUCACGAGCAAUCCCCAAAACUCCGCCGUUGGGGCUGCUGCUGCAGCCCAGCAACCCAAAGUGGUACAAACCGCAUUUAUCCACAAGCUCUACAACAUGCUUGAGGAUUCCAGCAUUCAGCAUUUGAUAUCGUGGUCCAGUACCAACGACAGUUUUGUCAUGUCACCGACUUCUGAAUUCUCCAAAGUCCUAGCUCAGUAUUUCAAGCACACCAAUAUCUCAUCCUUUGUCCGUCAGUUGAACAUGUACGGGUUUCACAAAGUGAGCGACGUCUUUCAUACCGGCUCCCCGGACUCUGCGCUCUGGGAAUUCAAACACGGAAAUGGCAACUUCAAACGGGGUGAUUUGAUCGGUCUCCGCGAGAUUAAGCGGCGCGCAUCUCGACAUGCCUUGAUUCACCGCGACUCGUUCCCAGGCCACAAGGCUACUGCAUCGCAACCGGGCACCCCUGCUGAGCCUGUUCCCGAUGCGACGGAAGCCCGGCUUAUGAACCUCGAAUACAGUCUCCACGACAUGCAUGCUCGCCUCACUCGUGCGGAAGAAGGUAAUGUCGCGUUGAGCUCAAAAUGCCAGAACAUGGCUGAGGGGCUCGUCAAAUGCUACCAAUGGACGCAUUCGAUCUCCCGCUUUCUACACGGAGUCGUUCCCAACCAGGAGAGCCCUCUAUAUCGCGACAUCUUAAACAUGCAAAGAGAGGUUGAGAAGCAUCUUGAAUCAGUUCGCUCCAUGGAAGCUUCUCACGAUACUCUUAUGCCACCACGCCAACCAUUCUUUGGGAACUUGCCAGUCGAAUCUGGCCCCCCCUUGUCCCCUCGCCAGUUACCUCAAGACGACAGCCGACGCCCAUCUAUGAUUCGGCCUCCUGUCCCUCCUCACCUUGCUGUGUCCCCUCGUCGCUACGGCUCCAUUGGAGGUGCCAAUGCGCCUAUUCCUAAUUACAAUCGACUUCAGCCUCCUUCUGAACGUGGCGGCGCUGCUGCUCACCCUCCACCGCAACAACCACAACAAGCGACACCGCAUCCUCUUUCCAUAUCAACUCCUCCCGGGGCCCCGAAUCUAGGCCGCCGCCACACAUUUGCGGAUAUUCGGCAAGCCGAUUGGCCUCCGACUGGCACUUCUCCUUUCCCUCCAGGAAGCACUGGUGGAGGCGGUGGAAGCAGUGGUCCCUGGCCCUCAUCGCCUCAUCGAGUACCGACAAGCAGCGAGCAACAAGUUCGGGAUGUGCUAGCUCAAUAUGAGAUGGGCGCACCCCGACGUCUCCAAGAUCAGUCCCGACAUGCCACACCUCCGACUGGGGCCGAGCCAUCGCCGUCGAUGCUUAGUGUCGAUAAUGGCUGGACUCUGGGUGGUUCGCGAUUCCCCCGUCAAGAAUCGUCACUGCCUGCAACUCGCCGCUCGAGCAUGGCAAGCAACGUCCAUUCCCUACUCAAUCCGGCCGAUACUGCCGAACGGCCGGACGAAGACCAACAAGAGGAUCGGAAACGAAAACGGUUGGAAUAG